AUGGAAAAAAUUGUAAAUGACAACGAGUGUAAACUUUUAUACACCGAUACGGAUAGUUGUUUUUUUGUACACAAGCGUAAUAAAAAACCACCGUUUCGUGUUGGGGAUAUGCUAGGAAUGAUGAGUCGCGAAUAUGAAGAAUGGUCUAUUAUAUCUUUUUAUACAGGAGGAUGCAAACAGUAUGCAAUGAAAAUGAAGCACCGUGAAACUGGUGAAAUAAAAUAUAUUGUAAAAUGCCGUGGACUUUAG